AUGCGCGAGUACAAGUACGUCGACGCGGAGCACCUGCUCCGGAAGGCGCUCGGCGUCUUCACGCGCGAGCUCGGCGAGGACCACCCCCACGUCGCGCUGGCCCUGGACAACCUGUGCGUGUGCCUCCGGGAGCAGGACAAGCACGCCGAGGCGGGGCCCCUCUACGAGAAGGCGCUGUCCAUCGCCGUGCGCCGCGGCGGGCCCUGGCACCCGGACGUCGCGACGACGCUCGCGGGCUGGGCGAGCUGCCUGCGCCAGCAGGGCCACUACGGCGAGGCCGUGCCCCUCUACGAGCGGUCGCUGAAGAUCUGGGAGAAGCACCUCGGCGGCGACCACGUGCACGUCGCGGAGAUUUUGCAGAAACUCGCGCAGGCCCUGAACUGCGAGGAGGAGCACGCGCGGGCCAUCGUCCACCUGCAGCGGGCCGUGGCGAUCCGCGAGAAGCACCAGGGCCCGGACCACGGCGACGUCGCCGCGGAUUUGGCGGGCAUCGCGGACGCGCACGCGGCGCUCGGCGAGCACGACAAGGCCGAGGAGCCGCUGCGGCGCGCGCUCGACAUCUGGGAGGACCAGCUCGGGUCGACGACGCACCCGCUCCUGAGCACGGUCGUCAACAAGUUCGCGCUGCUGCUGCGGAACCUCGGCAACUUCCAGGAGUCGGAGCUCUACUACCGCCGGGCCAUCGCGAUCUGCAAGGAGCAGCUCGGCGAGGAGCACGGCGACUACGCGAACGCGCUGCGCAACCUGGCGAGCCUCUACGAGCUCGACCGCUUCGCGGAGCCCAUCUUGCGGCGCGCGCUCAAGAUCCGGGAGCGCCGGGGCGGCCACGACACGCUCGAGGUCGCCGAGACGCUCGACGCGCUCGCGACCGCGCGGUCCAAGUCGAGCGACGUCGAGAGCGCGCUGUCGCUCUACGGCCGCGCGAUCGAGAUCAAGGAGAAGCUGCUGGGCCCCGACGACGUCGCCGUCGCGUCGUCCGUGCACAAUUUGGCCGAGCUCCACAAGCGGCGGCGGGACUACGACGCCGCGCGGCCGCUCUUCGAGCGCGCGCUGAGAAUCGGCCGCGCGAAGCUCGCGCCGGACUCGACGCCGCUCGCGACGACGAUGGCCAACUACGCGAGGUGCCUCGAGAAGCAGGGCGACCACGCGGCGGCGGAGGGGCUGCUGGCCGAGGCGCUCGCGUCGCGCGAGAAGGAC